AUAGCUUUGUUGGGAGAGUAAAGAUGGCGAUGCCCCUUGGCAUGGGACAUUAUUGUCGCUUGGCAGGACGAGUUGUGGGCGCAGUGUCCCGCAGACAAACGCGUGGAACACUUCUUCCAGCGACAAGAUCGUAUAUUACCGAAACGGCGGGCAAUAGUGAGUAGAAACAUCAACUGAGAGUGGACACUGAGCGAGCUUAGUUUCAGCUCAUAGCAAACUAGAGGUCAGAGCAGGGGACAUUACAUAAUAACAAUUCUGACCGCGCUCGCGACCACCUGAUUGUUGUAAAUCUUAACGUGUAGGCCUAUUUUUGCACGUUUCCAUGCGUAAAUUUACUUUCGUUUUGAAAUCUGACAUUUCACCAACUUUACAGAAUUUAGAAGCUUUGAAAAGUUUGGUUACAUCGUGUUUGGAAGGACUAGUAAACUGCAUUUCAGCUUUCUUACCUUAUAGUCAUACUUAAAUCAGUGUAGCUGUUGACCCUAGUAGCUUAAAGCUACUAGGGUCAACAGCUACACUGCUUAGCUUAAAUCGGUUUGCUAGUAAAUCACAAUGUUUGAAAAUGUCUUAUGUCAUGUAUGUCUCCACAUCCACCAUGCAUAUGUAUUUGUUCUCUAGAGAACAUUCUGCAGUUGCCAGUAUCUAUUAAUAAUGUUUGCUCUCAAAUCUGCUUCUCUCAAUAGACCUGCAGUUUAAACUGGACGACAGGACAGCCCACAGCAGUCUGGACCUCUUUAAGAAGGACACAGGUGUCAUCUAUCGCAUCCUGGGCAUAGACCCCAGCCAUGUCCAACAAAACCCUGAGCGCUUCCGUGAUUGGGCCGUGGUGUUCGGAGACGGGCGAAUCACAGGCGGCCGCCACUACUGGGAGGUGACAGUGAAGAAGUCUUCAGAGUUCCGUUUAGGCGUGGCUGAGGCGGCGAUGUCACGGGACGACUGCGUAGGCACCAACCGCGCCUCCUGGGUGUUCGGCUAUGUCCAGCGCAAGUGGUUUGCUAUGACAACCAACCAGAGGGUGCCGGUGCCUCUGGUGGGUAAGCCUGAUCGCGUGGGCAUUCUGUUAGACUAUGAGGCCGGCCUUAUAGGCCUGGUGGAUAUCCCGAAGGCCAAGGUGAUCCACAGCAUGAGGGCCACGUUCAGGGGGCCUCUCUGCCCAGCGUUUGGCUUGUGGGAUGGAGAGCUGCUUACACACUCAGGUCUGAAGGAGCCUGAAGGCUUAAAGUGAAGCAGAAAGAUCUCUGGACUGAUGACAAUAUGGCAAGGAGAGAGGGGGCCAGGAGCGUGAUGUGCAUUAACUCUGCUAACUUGGUUUUUGUAAACUGAAGACUUCCAGCAGGCAGCACUUGUACAUGUCUUUCAAAUCUCCCAUGAAGAGCAGUAUUCUCCAUCCGAAUGUAGAGCUGAAGUUUAUUUUCAAUUGGGGAAGCAGGGAGUUGGUCCAAUGUGUCAUUUCAUUGCCAUACAGACUCAGCAGAAUAAGCUGUGUUUUUGUUACCUCGUGUUAUCUUUUUUUAAUGUGAAAUAAAUGCCAACAAUAUGUAGCCAUCCUGUGUGUAACAAGAGAUCAUUAGGUACUGGGAAUGUUACUGUUAUUACUAUUGCUUAAUGUUUGGACUUCCUCCAUUAUGUUGUCAAACUUGAAUUAAAGCAAAACCAUACCUUUUUGAGCCUUUUGAUAUAAUCCAAUUGUGUGCUGAGAUUGUAUGCUGAAAUAAAAACCGUUAUACAUUUUAACUCAUUUAUUUACAGCAGCAAGCUUACAUUGACAGUUUAACCUGAGGAAGCAGUCUGUA